CAUUUCUUCCCCAGCAGCGGUGCUUGGUUGAGUUCCCGGUACGGAGCGCAGCAACGACAAUUUAGGGGGCCGCGGCGCAAGUCAAGGGGAAGAUGGAGCACACGGGCACGGACUUCAAUAUAUUGCUCGCCACCGAUUCAUAUAAGGUCACUCAUUAUAAGCAGUACCCUCCCAACACUAGCAAAGUGUAUUCGUAUUUUGAAUGCCGUGAAAAGAAGACUGAUGCUACAAAGGCCAGGAAGGUGAAAUACGACAAGACUGUGUUUUAUGGUUUGCAGUAUAUUCUCCACAAAUACUUAAAAGGCAAGGUGGCGACCCCAGAAAAAAUCCAGGAAGCCAAGGAGGUGUAUAGGGAACAUUUCCAGGAUGAUGUGUUCAAUGAGAAAGGGUGGAACUACAUUUUAGAGAAGUAUGAUGGCCAUCUUCCCAUUGAAAUCAAGGCAGUCCCUGAGGGCAGCGUCAUUCCAAGAGGAAAUGUGCUUUUCACUGUCGAGAGUACAGAUCCUGAGUGCUACUGGCUCACCAACUGGGUUGAGACUAUACUCGUCCAGAUUUGGUACCCAAUCACUGUUGCCACCAACUCCAGGGAACAGAAGAAGAUUUUGGCAAAGUACUUGAUGGAAACUUCGGGGAACUUGGAGGGCUUGGAGUACAAGCUGCAUGACUUCGGCUACAGAGGCGUCUCAUCACAGGAGACGGCUGGAAUUGGGGCAUCAGCUCACUUGGUGAACUUCAAAGGAACAGACACGGUGGCUGGGAUUGGCGUCAUUAAGAAGUAUUAUGGGACGAAGGAUCCAGUGCCGGGAUUCUCAGUGCCUGCAGCAGAACACAGCACUAUCACAGCCUGGGGGAAAGAUCAUGAGAAAGAUGCAUUUGAGCACAUUGUGAAGCAGUUCCCUUCUGUACCAGUAUCGAUUGUCAGUGACAGCUAUGACAUUUACAACGCCUGUGAGAAAAUCUGGGGAGAAGAUCUGCGGAGUUUAAUAGAGUCUCGGAGUGCAGACGCUCCUCUUCUCGUCAGGCCAGAUUCUGGAAACCCCCUGGACACUGUAUUAAAGGUCCUGGAGAUUCUGGGAAAGAAAUUUCUGCCUGUGGAAAACAGCAAAGGUUUUAAGGUGCUGCCUCCCUACAUCAGGGUUAUCCAAGGAGACGGAGUGGACAUUAAUACUUUACAGGAGAUUGUGGAAGGAAUGAAACAGCACAGGUGGAGUAUUGAAAACAUUUCUUUUGGAUCUGGAGGAGCGUUGCUGCAGAAGUUAACCAGAGACCUUCUGAACUGUUCUUUUAAAUGCAGCUAUGUGGUCACGAAUGGUUUAGGUGUAAAUGUGUUCAAGGAUCCCGUGGCAGAUCCUAACAAAAGGUCGAAGAAAGGUCGUCUGUCUCUUCACAAAAGGCCGAAUGGAGAAUUUGUUACCUUAGAGGAAGGCAAGGGGGAUCUGGAAGAAUAUGGAGCGGAUCUGCUUCAUACGGUUUUCAAAAAUGGCAAGAUACUCAAGACGUACACGUUUGAUGAAGUGAGGGAAAACGCCAAGUUGAAGGAGUCCGAGCUGGAGGAGCUUCUUCACUGAAUAUCAUUCCGCACCCAUCCCAGGGCAGUGGGCUGAGAAAAUGGCUUCCGUCACGGUCUCCCUCAUACGAGCUCGGUCACCUGUAUCCAAGUGAAGGAGAUUGUAACGCAAAAGAACCCUGGGUGGUGUAAGAGAGCUUUUUUUUUUUAAAGCGUGGAGUGUAACUGGGAUUUGUGUACAAAUCUGGAUUGUCUUGUAAAGUUCAGAAUCCACGUUUUGUUGUACUGUUACUAAUGGGGAUACAAACGUUAACACGAUAUGACCACAAAUAAAUCGCAUUUAUACUGUAUAUACACUCAAACCUUUCAACUAUACUCCUUUGAAAGAAAACGGAAAACAAACGGCAAAUGUACAUUUAUGCAAGUUUCUAAAAAAGCUGUAGAACCUAAAGAUAUCUGUUAAAUGUUGCUGAGUGUAAAGGUAGUGUAUGCUGAAAGUUUAGUACUUGUCACUGACGUGUUUUAACAAUAGUUUAUACAAAUGACCUAUUUGAUUGGGAAUAAAGCACUUUUUAUUUUUGUUACCUUUUAUUUUUCCAGAUGGUUUGCCUUUUAACUUUACAAAAUGGAGCUGUUUUGUGUUGCAGAUGCCAAAUAAUGCCCUUGAUAUGGCCUAUUACGUAGAAGCCCAACAGUUCAUGUGUUGGUGACGUCAGGAUCUUUUCCAAAAGAUGUAGCACAUAAGAAGGAAAUAAAUGUAACCGGUCUUUAAAACUAUUUCAUUUUGUGUAGUACAGAUAUAUUCAGUAAUACAUUUUAACUUUUGUUUUAUUAGAAAAACGAUUAUAUGCCACAGUUUUAAUAAAUCAUGGAAAAUAAACUGGAAUAAUUUUACAAGAACGUAAUUUUAUAAUUUUGAUACAGUAGCAUUGGAUGAAAUUUUAGAGAAAUGAUUUUUUUAUUAAACAAAGGAUUAAUAGUUUGAAAAUUGCAGCAGUGAAUGUGUGUGUAAAGAAUGAGGCUGUAGGCCAGUAUCACAGUAUUCAUGAUGCAUUCGAUGCUGCAACCAUGAAUAUACACAAACCUCGAUUUGGUCCGUAUCACGAUGUUAGUGGAAGGCUCAUGUCUGUUCAGUAAACUUGCAAAUAGCAUUUCCAGAUCCCCACAGAAGUGGUUCAAAAUCAUGUAGUUAUUCAGGAAUCGCCACUAAACAAUACACCACUGGGUUGAGCUCAAGGACAAACCAGUGUGUAUUUCAGGUGAUGUUUCUGAAAUAUCAUGUUAACCAAUUUUGCAAACCACCUUUUUCUGAGAAAAACGAGUUCAGUUCUUUAUGAUUAAACAGCAGAGGGUCAUUUUAGCUACUGCAUGAUUUCUCUCCGCUCCUCAUGGUGGCACCAAAAGAACUCAGCGGACUUCCGUAAUUCAAUUGCAUCCUUUCCUGCUUUUUAAUCGCCGCAGGUUAAUUAAAUUGUAUAACCAAUUUAGUCACUGAGCAGAGGAAGGUUGAUAUGUAAUUUAAAAUUAUUAAGAUCCUGUAAAGUAUGUUAGAUAAAGGUUUUCUGAUUAGUCGGAUUAUAUAUUUUCGUAGAUAACAUUUUAUCUUAGCAUCAUUUACAGUCACAAUGUAAAUAAUUAUGAGAGUCAUAAUGUUCAAGAUAGUUGAUUUAGUGAAGUGGAUCUGCUGGUUUUGUUUCGACUGUAACGUGUAUGUUUAAUAGGACUCAUAGAGAAAUAGGAAUCAAAACUGAAGGUCUGCAUUUUUUUAAGUAACCACAGUCAUGGCGAUGGACUAUAAUUUUCUGCAUCUGCAAUUUUAUUUAAAAAUCAAUACAAUCAUGAAAAACGGGAGUAUAAUGUAUCGCGAUACACCGACAUCUAUGAAAAGUGUAUCAUGAACAAUCUCGCAAAAGCUUUGAGAACAUGGAUUCUCUCACUUCCUGCUAGGUGGUGUGGCCAAACUGCCCUUUCGCUUACAACCAAUAGUUUUUCCUCUUCGAGAAGAAAUCUGUUGUACGGGAUUCAAGAAAGAUGUAAUGAUUGUGUAAAAUCUGUUUCAAUCGGAAUAACCUCAUUUUAUACCAAGGGGUAAUCUGUCGAUUUUCCCCUUGCCUGUUUUUCUGUUUGGUCUCCUAUUAAGCUUUGAGUGAGUGUACACUACUGUAUGAAUGCUGGAGGAAUAUUUUGGUUUUCAAUGCUUGUAAAGUGUUUUCUUUUAUGUACCUGUGUGUUGUUUCCAAUUUUUUUCCCCCCCUUACAAUUUUGUAUAACAUGCUGUGGCUAUAUUGUUAAGAUAUUAUGUGACCACCGUAUCUAUUUGCUGAAAUAUUUUUGUUUUUAAUUGUAAAAUUGAUUGCAUUCUCUUUUCCAACUGCCAUCAGAGGUUGGUAUUUUUUGGGAAGAAAACGUGUCCUAGCUGUGGACUGGAUUUCAGGAAACUGAAAUGGGAAACAAAAUUAGUUUGAUAAUACCAUUUCACAAUUUUCUGUCCAAGGAUGUCUUUUGGAAAAGGGAAUGAAUUAAUUUUUAAGGAAUCAAUAUUUUUUUGCAGAAAUUGAAACUUAAAGGUUUUUCUUUUUGAAAUGUAGAAAACAAAUUUCCCAAAUGUCUCUUGGAUGCAAAUAUACAAUAUUCUGCUGAAAUUAA